GCUUUGACGAGGUUCCAGGAGGCUCCAGGUUUUCGAUCUCGGAGCCAAGUCUUUCCCAUGACAGCUUACGGAACUGGGACUCAGAGAGGUCUGCAGAAUGCAUGGAGAAGUUGUACUGGGAGGAGCGGGAGCAUCGUACUGAAGGAUGCCACUGAAGUCUGCCUAGAGGCGGGGGAACUGAGGGGCUGCGAUCGCAAGCAGGACAGGGAGCACAGAAGACAGGUUCUCCUGGAGCAACUCCGCACCAGAUUUUAAGAAGCACACCAAUUCGAUGAACCAUGGCGGCAAAGAGCUUACGACUUGCAGCCCUUUUGGUGGUGGUUACCGUUUCCAAAGUGAAUCUGGAGAAACCGCAUGCCCUGCCAUUCCAAUUCACCCAUCAUAUUUACAACGCUACCAUCUACGAAAAUUCCUCCCCCAAGACCUAUGUGGAAAGCAGCAGCAAAAUGGGCAUUCGGAUUAUGGAGUCUGUGAGGGACAUUAGGUAUAAAAUAGUAUCUGGUGACAUCGCAAACAUUUUCAAAGCUGAGGAAUACUCGGUGGGUGAUUUCUGCUUCUUACGCAUAAGGACCAGAAGCUCAAACAUGGCCGUACUAAACAGAGAAGUGAGGGACCAUUAUGUUCUGACAGUGCAAGCAACGGAAAAAACAUUCAACCACGAAGCCUGGACCAAGAUGGUGAUCCAAAUCCUUGACAGAAAUGACCUGCGUCCUCUUUUCUCCCCGCUGUCGUAUGUUGUCUCCAUACCAGAGGAUGCUCCACUGAGAUCAAGUGUUGCCAGAGUCACAGCAACAGAUGCUGAUGUUGGAAGCAAUGCAGAGUUUUAUUACGCCUUCAAAGAUAGGACUGAUGUCUUUGCUGUUAAUCCCACCAGUGGAAUUGUCACACUGGCAAGUCGCCUAAAUUACACAACCCUGAACCAAUAUAACCUAGAGAUUUUGGCAAUCGACCGCAUGAUGAAGCUGCAUGGAAGAAGUGGGAUUGGUAGCGUGGCAAAGUUGACCGUCGGUGUAGAGCAGGCUGGUACGAGGGUACCUGGUAUCCUCUCAAUGCGGUUAAUUCCUGCUGGAUCUGACCACCAUGCCACGUAUGCUAUCAUCACGGCAGAAGAAGGAGUCGAACAAGUGGAUAUUGUGGAUGGGGACUCAUCACAUCAUUUCCGUGUGGUACCCAUCUACUAUGGCAGUAGGGAGUUUAAGCUAAUUUAUAACAAUGAGGCCAAGUGGGCGAGCAAUUCCCAUGGCUAUAAUUUGUCUCUGCAAGCGAGAGGCAAACGUAACCCAACUAAAUAUUCACCUGUAAAGAUCAUUCAUGUACCAUUAAAACAGCCAGCAGAAUUAAAGUUUGAGAAAGACCUCUACGAAGUUAAAUUGUGUGAGUUUGCACCUUCAAAUAGUCCUGUUGUCAUGGUUAAAGCUCAUCCUAAACUUCCAAAUCAAGCAUAUAAUUUGGAACACAACCACGGCAGUACAAAGUUUAGGAUAAAUCCUCGCACUGGCCUCAUUACCACUGCAGGCCCAAUGAAUUUUUUGGAACAGUCCCAUUUUGAAUUGAAAGUGAAGACCAGUGUUGGCCAAAUCUCAACAAGAGUUCUUAUUGAUCUCAUGGACAGCAAUAAUAAUGUUCCAGAGUUUAUAGCAUCUUCUUACCAGGGGAGUAUUGAUGAAAAUGUUCCAAUUGGAACAAGUAUCUUAACGGUCAAUGCAACUGACAAAGAUCAGGGGGAAAAUGGCUAUGUGACAUACAGCAUUGCCAAUGUGGCUCCUAUUCCAUUCAACAUUCAUCCUUUUACAGGGACCAUCGUGACAUCUGAGGAGCUGAAUUAUGAACUCAUGCAGCGGGUUUACCAUCUACGAGUUUGGGCCUCUGAUUGGGGUUCACCAUAUGACUACGAAAUGGAAGUCCCUGUCACAAUUUACUUGAAGAACCUGAAUGACAACAAGCCACUAUUUGAGAAGAACAAUUGCCAGGGCAACCUUUCAAUAAAUCUUCCUGUCGGGCACCUCAUCACCGCUGUCUCAGCGGUCGAUGCAGAUGAACUCCAAGGGAUUAAAUACCACCUGUUGUCUGGUAAUGAACUGGACUUCUUUGAUCUCAAUCCACUUUCUGGAGCACUAAUGUUGAAGCAUCUGUUCUCGUACAAUCCAGCCAGUGUGCUGCACUUUAAUCUUAAAAUCACAGCCACAGAUGGGGAGAACGAUGCCUCUGCUAUAGAUGUCAACCUCACAGUUACGGAUGACUCGAAAAUGGUCAGCAUGCAUUGUGAAGACACUGGAGCAAUUAAACUGCUGGCCGAGACCCUCCUACUUUCUGUAAAACCACAUCAACCACAUGAGGAUGAUUCCUUCUCCUAUGUCCACAUUGUCAAUGCCCACACCCCACAGUUUGACGUCAACUUUCCAAACUCCAUUGAUGUCAGAGAGGACAUCCCAGUCUCUUCGAUCAUCUUGAAAAUUCACGCGACCGACCCUGACUCUGGAUUCAACGGUAAGCUGCUCUAUGUGAUCACGGAUGGGAACGAUGACAGUUGCUUCAUUGCAGAGAUGGAGACUGGGGAUCUGAAGGUUGUCUUACCCUUGGAUUAUGAAACAACAACUCUUUAUACUUUAAACAUUUCGAUAUACGAUCUGGGAAGGCCUCAGAAAUCUUCUUGGAGACUACUGACAGUGCAUGUGCUGGAUGCAAAUGACAACAAACCAAUAUUUUUACAGGAUAGUUAUUCAGCAAUAGUUCCUGAAAACAUUGAGGUUGGGCGAAUUGUAGCCCAACUGAAGGCGAAAGAUAGUGAUCUGGGAGACAAUGGAGAAAUAAAAUAUUCACUCUUGACUGAUACCAAGAUAUUUUCCAUUGACAAAACCUCAGGUGCUGUGUCCGUCAAUGGUAAAUUAGAUCGGGAGCAUCGUCCAGUGUAUGUUUUGAAGAUCGAAGCCAGAGAUCAGUCUUAUUUGGAACCCCAACUAUUCUCAACCACCGAGCUAACAGUGGUCUUAAAAGAUGUCAAUGAUAAUCCUCCGGAGUUUGUCCCAUCUUUCUACAGGGUGAGAGUUCCUGAGGAUAUACCGGUGGGGACUGUUAUAGUGUGGCUGGAGGCUUUUGAUCCGGAUCUAGGAGAGGGAGGUGAUGUGCACUACAGCCUGAUUACGAGAGAGGACACUUUCCACAUUGACAAACGUGUGGGAGCAAUCCGCAUCACUAAGCAACUAGACUUUGAAACUACUCGUUUCUAUAAUCUCACGGCUCAUGCUGCCGAUGACGGGAAACCAUAUUCUCUGAGCUCCACUUGCUACGUGGAAAUUGAGGUGACUGACGUCAAUGAAAACCUUCAUCGGCCGCACUUCUCUUCCAUUGCGUUCAAAGGUGCAGUCAGUGAAGGAGUGCGUGUGGGGACCUCAGUGAUGAGGCUCACAGCGCAAGAUGAAGACAAAGGGAAGGACGGCGAGAUUCGAUAUUUGAUCACGGGCGGAACAGGCCUUGGUAUUUUCACGAUAAAUGGAGAAACAGGAGUAAUAAAGACUGCAGAGUCCCUUGACCGUGAACGAUAUCCUCACUACUGGCUGACAGUUCUUGCCACGGAUUUAGGGGUUAUUCCACUGGUAACUUCAACUGAGGUCUUCAUCAAGAUUAUGGACGUCAAUGAUAAUCCACCUCAGACCACAGAACCUGUUUACUACACCUCAAUCAUCGAAAACUCCCCCAUGGAUAUGUCUGUCCUUCGAAUUGAAGCCGAUGACCCUGAUUCUAGCUCACAGGGCCAGCUGACCUUCAGGAUCAGCAGUGAAAACCCAAGAGGAUUCUUUGCAAUUGAUCCAAAGACAGGUCUCAUCACCACCACAGCACGUAAACUGGACCGUGAAAAGAGGGACGAGCACAACCUGGAGGUGACUGUGAGUGACAACGGCAUUCCUCCAAAACAGUCCACAGCAAAGGUGGUGGUGGAAAUUAUGGAUGAAAAUGACAAUGCUCCCAGGUUCCCAGAGGUUCUGUACAACGUUAGGCUGCUAGAACGCAACAACUCCAACAAGCCAGAACCAAUCUACAAGGUGAUCGCUUCUGACCAAGAUGUAGGCCCAAAUGCAGAUGUCACCUACAGCAUUGAAAGUAACUCCAAAGAAGAGAAAUUCAGCAUUAAUCCUAAAUCUGGGAUGGUUUCGUCCAUGUGGGCAUUCUUGCCAGGAGACUAUGACAUCCUGACAAUCCGUGCCUCUGAUAAUGGGACCCCUCAGAAGUCUACAACAGUUCGCCUGCACAUUGAGUGGAUUCAGAAACCUUCACCAUCCAUUGAACCGUUGGUAUUUGAUGAACCUCAUUUUAACUUUGCUGUCAUGGAGACUGAUCCUGUGAAUCAUAUGGUUGGGGUGACCAGCACAGAACUCACCAGGAACCAGCUGUGGUUUGAUAUUGUCGGUGGGGAUGUUGAGGAAGAGUUUGAAAUUGAGAAGAACAGUGGUACGAUCACCAUUGCCAAAGAAUUGAAUGCCAGCCGGACAUCAAAUUACAACCUGACAGUACAACUGACCAAUGGGACAAAUACCGUCACAACUCAGGCGUAUGUCAAAGUGAUUGACAUCAAUGACCACCGGCCACAGUUCCUGGAGAGUAAAUAUGACGUGUGGAUUCCUGAGGAUACUCCUCGCUCCACUGCGAUCCUGCAGAUCAGUGCGCGAGAUACAGACGGGAACACCAAGCUGAUUUAUACCAUCCAGAGCAGCGUGGAUGCUGAGAGUCUGAAGCUGUUUUACCUGGACCCUGCCAGUGGAAUGCUACUGACUGCUGAUUCAUUAGAUUAUGAAUCAAUUCACCUACACACCCUCACUGUUAUGGUUCGUGACCAGGAAGUUCCAGUGAAGCGGAACUUUGUUCGAGUCAAUAUCAACGUGGAGGAUUCCAAUGACCACCCUCCCAGGUUUACUAGUCCUGUUUACAAAGGCAGUAUCAUUGAAAAUGCACCAUUUGGAUCUGAAGUUCUGCAAGUGACCGCUUUGGAUAAGGACACAGGAGUAAAUGCAGAAAUCAUGUUCUCCAUUCAAUCAGGCAACAACGGCAAUGCGUUUGCCAUUGACCCUGCUUCAGGCAAGAUAACCGUGGCUAAGAUGCUAGAUCAAGCUGUCAAAGGAUCCUACAGUUUGACAGUGAAUGCCAAGGAUCAAGGCUAUCCUCAGCUCAGCACACUUGUCCGUGUUGAUAUUAUUGUCAUAGUUUCCGAUAAUUCACCUCCCAAGUUUUUGAUGAAGGAAUAUUUUGCAGAAAUCAGUGAAGGAACUGACAUUGGAUCUUCUGUUGCAAUGGUAUCUGCAACCAGCCAGUCAGCAGUCACUUAUGAAAUUAAGAAUGGAAACAUAGAUGACGCAUUUCAUAUCAACUCAUUUUCGGGAGUAAUAUCAGUUCAUAAGAAGUUGGAUUUUGAAACGAUUUCAGUUUAUAAACUAAAAAUUCAAGGUACCAAUACGGCUGGUCUAUCCAACAAUAUUAUGGUGUUAAUAGACAUUUUAGAUGAAAAUGACAAUGCUCCUGUCUUUGUUCAAUCUGAGUACAUUGGUAGAAUUGUUGAGAACUCUCCAAUAAACAGCCUUGUGUUGGAUGACAGAAAUGCACCUCUUAUAAUCCAAGUUACUGAUCGAGACCAAGAUAUCAAUGGCAUGUUGGUGUAUCAGAUCAUGGAACCUGAUAUACUGAAAUACUUCACUAUUGAUUCCAAUAUGGGAAUCCUGAGCACAGCUGCUAUCAUUGACCAUGAAAUGAACUCGAUCUUUCAUCUCACGGUGCAGGUGCAUGAUCGAGGGCAUCCGAGUCUAUUUGCAAUGGACGUGGCACGUAUCACUAUAAUGGUAACGGAUAUUAACGAUUGCCCUCCACGGUUUGAGAAAGAGUUGUAUGAAACCACAUUGCUAAUACCUGCUCUCAAUGGGACCGCUGUUCACACAGUUAAAGCAGCAGAUGCGGACUCUGACAGCUUCUCGGAGAUUACGUACAGUAUAGUGGAAGGUGAUAACGAGGGGGCAUUCGCUAUUGACUCACUGACUGGUCUAAUUUCUGUCAAGGAUGCAGCCAAUCUCAAAGGCUAUAUUGAAUUGACGGUCAGAGCAUCUGACGGGACGUAUAAAAGCACUGCGGUGGUAAAAAUAAAAAUAUCCGAUAUAAAGGAGAGUGGCCUAACAUUUGCUCAGCGCUUGUAUUCAUUCUCAGUGUUAGAGAACACUACGCUGGCUGAAACCUUAGGUGUCGUGAAAGCAUCUGGCAAUCAGUUAAACGAACCCAUCUUUUAUUACAUAUUAAAUCCAGAUGAAAAGUUUAGAAUCAUCUACACAUCGGGCGUGUUUCAAACAACUGGAGUGGCAUGUGACCGCGAGGAACAGGAGGAAUACGAGUUUGUUGUUGAGGCCCGUGAUAUGCGCAAUCCUCCCAGAGUUGCCCACACCUCGGUUAAAGUCUUCGUGGAGGACAUGAAUGACAAUGCACCGAAAUUUGUCCAUUUGCCUUAUCUAAGUACUGUCCAAGAUGAUGCAGAGCCAGGGGAUGUUAUUUACCAAGUCACUGCUAAUGAUAAAGACACAGGAGAUAAUGCAGUCAUCCAUUACAACCUUCUGGAUCACUACAGGUACUUCUGGAUUGAUCCCUACCUUGGAGAUAUUUCACUUAGUAAGCACCUUGACUCUGACGCUGCGGAUAAGUAUAUAUUAGCUGUUAUCGCUCAAGAUAGGGGGGAUCCUCCACUUUAUGCACAGGCUGAAGUAGUUGUCACCGUAAGAGAUAAAAUCACCCCUAUGUUUGAGAAAGCCUACUACAGGGUCAAUGUGCCUGAAAAUAUUUCUCCCUACACUCCAGUUUUUCAUGUGCAUGCCUACAACCCUUCAGGAUUCCGUGUGAUCUACAACAUUGUCACUGAGAGUGCAUUGCACCUCUUCGCCAUUGAGUUCAAGGCUGGAGUACUGAGUGUCAUCAAUUCCUUGGAUUAUGAAAGGCAGACAAAGCAUGUGCUGACCGUGAGGGCCACAGAUUCAGUGACCGGAUCUUAUGCAGAGGCCAUCAUUGAGAUUGAAGUUGAAGAUGUCAAUGACAACCCUCCCAUCUUUACAGAAAAGGUCUACAGUGCAACGAUAUCUGAGAUCUCGGCCAUUGGUACUUCUGUGGUGAGAGUGAGUGCCACUGAUGCUGAUUCUGGAAGACAUCAAGCUAUUAGCUACCAGUUUGCAGCUGCUACCAAUGGUUCAGAAUAUUUCCAUAUUGACACCUCCAAUGGUCUUGUAACAACAGCACGCCUACUUGAUUACGAACAGACACAACAUUACAGUCUUAUAAUUAGGGCUGUGGAUAAUGGUAUCCCUUCAUUAAGCAGCGAAGUCCUUCUCAAUGUAAACAUUUCGGAUUUUAAUGACAAUCCGCCUAUAUUCCAACAGAACCAGUACGAGACAACUAUAAGUGAAGUGGCUACUUGUGGCCAUUUUGUUAUACGGGUGCAUGCAAGAGAUUCAGAUAACAUGGACAUCAACAACCUAGAGUAUAACAUCUUGGAAGGGAACGAGCAGAGACAUUUUACAAUCGGAACAAAAUCAGGAAUCAUUUCUGUCUCUAAUUCUUGCAAGAAAAUAUUGGAAGCAAAUUACCACUUGAAUGUGUCUGUUUCUGACCGAGUUUUCAGGCGAUCGAUACCAGUCCAAAUUAGAACUUCCAAGACAAACAAAUACAAGCCCAUGUUUGAUCAAAGCAUCUACGAGGUUGAACUUGCUGAGAACACAGCGGUGGGGACACAUGUGGUACAACUCCUAGCUGUUGAUCCAGACUCCGGUCCAUAUGGCAGCAUUGACUACACCAUCAUAAAUAAGUUAGCAAAAGAGAAAUUUAGCAUCGAUAACAGUGGUGAUAUUUUGACCUCUCAGAAGUUGGAUCGCGAGAACUCGACGGAAAAGCUCAUUGCCAUUAAAAUAAUGGCAAAGGAUGGCGGUGGCAAGGUGGACUUCUGUACUGUGAAUAUUAUAUUGACUGACGAAAAUGACAAUGCCCCUCAAUUCCAGGCUGCUGAGUACAAGGUGCAUAUCCCUGCCAGCACCCUUAAAGGAGCUCCUGUCAUCCAGAUAGUGGCUAUAGAUGCUGACGAAGGGAUGAAUGCUGAUGUCACCUACUCUGUUGCCUCCAGCAGUGACAAAAUCGAGGAUAUAUUGGAGAUCAACCCUCACACGGGAUUUAUCACGAUCAAGGAGAGCUUGGUUGGACUGGAGAACAACUCGUUUACCUACUAUGUGAAGGCUCAGGACGGGGGCUCUCCGCAGAAGAAUUCCUGCGUUCCCGUCAUUGUUAAGGUUAUCCCACCUGAACUCUCAAUCCCUCGAUUCUCAGAACCACUGUACUCCUUCUCUGCUUCAGAGGAUCUCCCCGCUGGGUCAGAAAUUGGUCUGGUCACGGCAGAAGCGGACCAACCCGUUAUCUAUAGCCUGGUGAAGGGAAACACUGAUGAGAGCAACAAGGAUGGAGUGUUUACCCUCGACGAGAAGACUGGAACCUUGAAAAUUGGCAAGAACAUUGACCAUGAGAAAACAAAGUGGUACCAAAUUGAAGUCAUUGCCCAGUGUUUCCAUGGAGACAUUGAGGUGGCUUCUUCAGUGUCUAUCAAUAUCCAGGUAAAGGAUGUCAACGAUAACCAACCCAUUUUUGAGGCCAAUCCGUACAAAGCUUUUGUCCCAGAAAACAUGCCAGCAGGAACCACGGUGAUACAAGUAACUGCCAAUGACCAGGAUACAGGAACCAAUGGACAUGUGACCUACAGCCUCUCCAGUGGGUUUGAUGAUGUUGGCGAUGUCUUUGCCAUUGACGGUGUGAGUGGGUGGCUCACUACCCUGAAGGAACUGGACUGCGAAACAAAGAGAAGGUACAAGUUUGCCGUGGUGGCCUUUGAUCAUGGGAGAAAAGUGCAGCUGUCCUCAACGGCCAUGGUCGAGGUUGAGGUCAGUGAUGAAAACGACAAUCCCCCUCAGUUCACAAGGAACAUCUACAAGGGUUUGGUCAGUGAAGACAGCCAACCCGGGGAAGUGGUCGUUGCCCUCAGUAUGACAGAUGCCGAUGUUACAGAAUCCAACAGACAAGCCACCUGCUACAUUACAGACGGUGAUCUCCUGGGCCAGUUUGCUAUUGAAAAGUUCCAAAACCAGUGGCGUGUUUUUGUAAAGGAACCACUGGACCGAGAGGAGAGAGAAAGAUAUGUUUUGAAUAUCACGGCCACUGACGGCAGGUUUCUGGCGGAGUCUAUGGUUGAGGUCCUUGUUCAGGACGUUAAUGACAACAGCCCACAUUGUCAACCGCUGAUGUACAAUGAAAUCAUUUCUGAAGGUGCUCCGUGGGGACAGUACAUUUUGAAAGUUGCUGCAAUGGACCCAGAUGCUGGCAUCAACGCUCAGAUUUCCUACACUCUGCUGGGGCCAGGCGCUAACAUGUUUCGACUUGACCCACAGACAGGAAAACUGAUGACGGUUGGGACUCUGGACCGUGAGAAUCAAGCUGUGUACAACCUGGUUGCAAAAGCAUCUGACGGGAGUGGCCGAUAUUGCGAGGCAGAUAUCAGCAUUGUUCUACAAGAUGUGAACGACAACCCUCCCAAAUUCUCCGCCUCACAGUAUGCGGUAUCUGUCUUUGAUAACACCACUGUUAAGACCCCUGUGGCAGUUGUCCAUGCCAGGGAUCCGGAUAUUGGUCGCAAUUCGGAGAUCACAUACACCUUAGUGGAAUCAGCAAAUGAGUAUUUCUCUAUGGAGGAGCUCUCUGGUGUCAUAUACCUGGCAAAGUCAUUACGCAAGGAGCAGCAGAAAACCUUUAACCUUAUUGUUCAGGCCAGAGACCAUGGUCUUCCACAGAGUCUUUCUUCAUUUGCCACUAUCAUAGUUUCAGUCAUAGGCAUUGAAGAGUUCAUCCCUGUCUUUAUACAAAGGGAGUAUGUCGCCACUGUCCCAGAAGACGUGCAGAAUGGAGCAGAGAUACUCAGCGUGUCAGCAUUAACAAGAGAUGCCACGAAUAAUGCACAGAUCCUUUACACCAUUAUGAAUGGCAAUGAGCAUGGCAAGUUCCGCAUUGAUUCCAAAUCAGGAGCCAUGUACGUGAAUGGGAGCCUAGACUAUGAAUCCUGCCAGGAGUAUUACCUGUCAAUUGAUGGCAACAGGAAAGGGAAGCCGUUGCUCAGUGAUACAACAACGGUAAUCUUCAAUGUCACGGAUGUGAAUGAUAACCCACCCAUGUUUGGCCACAGUGUACAUGCUGCCGAGGUCAGUGAGGAUGCUCCACUGGGAGAAAUGCUCCUUAAAGUGACAGCUUCUGACAAGGAUGGACCCCUUAACAAUCUGAUCCAUUAUUCAAUAGUUAAUGGAGAUCCUAACCAGCAUCUAACUAUUGACUCAAAGAAUGGGGAGAUUUUGUUAUCACAGCAUCUUGACAGGGAGGAGAUAUCCAGUUAUUCCUUGGUAGUCCGGGCCACGGAUAAUGGCACGCCACCACUGUCCAGUGAGACCAUUGUAAACCUCCAGGUGUUAGAUGUGAAUGAUAAUCCACCCACGUUGUUUCAAUUCAACUACAGUGUGGUUAUUCAGGAGAACGAGGCAAUUGGCUCAAGUGUACUGCAACUGGUGGCGAUAGACAGAGAUACUGCCUCCAACGGACCGCCAUUCCUUUUUACUAUCACUGCCGGCAAUGAGGAAAGCAACUUUCACAUCAACCAACGUGGACUGUUGACGACUCAGGCACGUCUCCAACAGAAAGUGAGAGAGCAGUACAUUCUACAGGUCCAGGUGACAGACAAUGGUUGGCCACCUUUGUCAUCCUCAUCUUUUAUAAACAUCCGCGUGAUCAAGGAGAGUCGGUACCCGCCAUCCGUGCAGCCGUUGCAAGUCUUCAUUGUUACCACGCGCAGCAAGUUCCAAGGAGGAUUCAUUGGAAAAAUCCACGCAACUGACCUGGAUCUACAUGACACUCUCACCUACAGCAUGAUCCCAGGCUUCGGCCUGAAUAACAUGUUUGCCAUUGGCAGCACAGAUGGCAAAGUGCAGGCACAGCAGGCCUUAGAGACGGGGCACUACCUGUUCAAUGUCAGUGUCUCCGACCGAAAGUUCAUCACCACGGUGGAGGCACAAAUACAUGUCAUGCAUGUGACGGCGGAUACGUUAGACCAGGCCAUUCUGGUGGAGCUGGCCCAGGUUACACCAGAGAGGUUCAUCAGUGAACACUGGUGGAACUUUCGGAGAUCCCUGGCAGGUCUCCUCCAGGUUCGCAAGAACUUCAUUGAUCUCAUCAGCUUGCAGCCAACUCAAGGCUCACCCAACUUGGAUGUGCUCCUGGUGGUAAAGAAGUCAGAAGAGUCCUUCUAUGAACCCAGCAUUCUGAAAGAGAAGCUCAUCUCCUCUGCUGCGGACUUGGAGAGGAAAGAUGAAGUUCACAUAGUUAGAGUGGCUCACCACUGCUCCGACUACUACUGCCCCCAAGAGCACUGCCAAGGAAACUUUCAACUGGACAUGGGAAAUGUGUUCACAUACACCACCACCAUUCUGAGCUUCAUCGUUCCUCGAUACAUGCACCAUCGCACCUGCUCAUGUAAUGAUUCUUCUCUGAGAUUCACUGGCGACAGUUACCUGAAGUAUCGUUAUUUGAGUGAAGAAGAUCCAAUGAAGAUAAAGAUCAACUUCCAAAUGCAAACAGUGCAGAGAGAGGCAGUCGUGAUGUACACUCGUGGAACUGACUCUAGCCUUGUUGAGGUUAUCGAUGGAAAAUUGGUGUUCACUUAUGCCUGUGACGGAAUGAUUAGUGUUUUGUCAGUGAAGAAUGUAUCAGUCAAUGAUGGCCUGUGGCACUCUGUUGUGGUUGAGGUAACCAACGCGUUAGCAAAGCUAGUGCUGGACACUGUGCACAUUGAUUCUGCUGCACUCUCUAAAACCUGCCGCAGAAAUCCUGCAGUGUUCUUUGGGGGUAAAGUUCAAGAGGACAACCCGGGACAGAAUAAUCACAAGAAAAUUACAAGGGAGUUUAAGGGGUGCCUUCGUUCUAUUGAGUUCCAGAGAAGGAACACGAGUGAAGAUGGUGAGGAGAGUAAGCCAUAUGUGGUCAUUGAAACGUCAAUGGGAAUUGAAGCUUGCUGCCCCCGUGUUGGAGGGUGUAUGAAAGCGCCAUGUCAGAAUGGAGGAUUGUGCAAGGAAAUUCUACCUGGAGGAUAUUUUUGCGAGUGUCCAAAGAACAUACUUGGUGUGCACUGUGAGCUCAUCAACCACCCUUGCCUAUCAAAGCCCUGUUCAAACGGCGGAUCUUGUAUCCCACAUAAGAGUGACUACACGUGUAACUGCACAAAGGAGUUUUCAGGACCGAGAUGCGACGAGGAUUUGGAUGAAUGUCUGAAGCACCCUUGCAUGCACAAUGGGAGCUGUGAGAACAUGCAUGGUUCCUUUAACUGCAGCUGCGUGCCUGGAUACUCCGGCACUUUGUGUGAGGUUUCGGUGAAGGAACCGUUGCGCAGUUCUCCACUGCUGAUCAGCAAGUACGAAAUCAUUGAGAUAGCAAUGGCUAUCCUGGCAGUCUGCAUCUUAGUCGCUCUGUUUGUCAUCUUCCGUAAGUUCAAGUGCGGCAAGAAGAAGCAGCCCAUGCUGAGUGUCCUCGGCAGCAACGAGCUCUCCAAGAGCGAAUCCGUCAAGAUCCCUCCUUGCUGUGAGACACAUUCAUUAGCACUCAUCCCGCUCAAUAUCCUCAAGGGCUCCACUUACGACUUAAACAAAGAUCCCUACCGAGGAUUCGGAUGCCAGGGACAACCAGAGCUCAACUCCUUCACACCGUCCCACUGCAAGGGCAGGCCGACGGUGGUGUGCAGUGUGGCACCCAACCUCCCCCCACCUCCUUCAUCCAGCUCAGACAACGAGUCCAUCCCCAAAACCACCUGGGAGUGCGAGUAUGAAGUCUACCACGGUGACCCUCCAGUCUGGGCUCCUCAGCCCCAGCUCUCAAGACCACAGGAAUGCCCAUGUUAUGAAGGAAUGGAGGAGGAUCACCCACGGCCGGUGGGCAGCGAGCGCUUCGACUCGUUCGAUGGCUUCCCCUUCCCGCUGGACCACCACCCCAAAUGGGGCAAGCGGGCACCGCUGCCUCCACAGUACAAUGACCAAAGGCUGGAGGACUAUCCCGAUGGCAACCCGAUGCCUUUACUGCCGUCCCGCUGCCAGAACGAGUACACGGCCAUCAGCUACUACCCGGCAGAGCUGCUGAAGGCCCAGGCACCGGGCAUGGUCCUGCAGCCUGGCUACCAGAAGGUUCACGUCCGUCUCAGUGUCGCCCAGCCCUCCUACGCAGAGUGCGGGCCCAUGCACGCGCAGGGCAUGACUCCUCACCUGGUAGUCCCCACUUGUUACGAAGACUCUGAUCUAAUGGAGAGUGACUAUGGCAGCUGUGAAGAGGUGAUGUUUUAAUGAGGGAAUUUCUUCACUGCUCAUUUAUCAUGCGCUAUGACUUUAUAAAAAUCCGAAAGGAAGGCCAUCAUAGCAAACAUAUUGAGGGAAUGGGUGAUUUGUCAUCAUCUGAACAACUGGGCUGCCUAUUCGAGUCCUGGCCUGUGGUCACACCAGUGGCACAACGGCAGACAGGUUCUGAGGUUACAGCACUGAGGUGACAUUGUAUGGAGGUUAACCGACUGAGAAACAUCCCUCCGAAGACUGGCAAGAAACAAACACAAUGUUAUAACUUUUCAGAUUGCAAUCUUCGCGAGAUGGUGAAAUUCCAGUUUUUUGUAGUCCUAUACAAAUAUAAUCUCCCCCCUCCCCAGCCACAAAAGUAUUGAAAUAAUAGGAGUGUGGACAAUAUUCUGGAUACUGUCUCUUUGCUCAUGGAUAUUUGCACCAGGUAUGCUAUUAAUGGGUAUGCACGUAUUACAAUAACUAGAAAGCCAAUUUAAUACUCGUUAUGUUUGACUGUCACAAUUUGAAUUCAGCAUGUUUUAUUUGUGGGAUUGAGGUGUGAUAAUGUUUAUAAUGGUGCAUCAAGCUCCUUUGUUACUCUACAUGGGAACUGACACUCCAAUCACUGCCAUAGUUCACAAUCUUCACUCUGAAUCUACCUGACCAGGGAAUAAACUUUGCUUUCAAUAUUAAAUUGGGAAAUAAAUUAUUCCAUUCCCCAAGAAAUUAUUCCAUUCAUUUUUUACCCCUGCAGUUCACAAAUUGAAACAUUAUUUAGUCAACAUGGCAUUAUUACAGGCAAGCUGUAAAUAUUGCUUUAAAGACAAGCUUCCCACUGAAAGCUCAAAGAUGUGAUAAGGCAGAUGUAUUUGUGUCAUAAGGUCAUGUGAUAAGGAAUACGAGUAGAAUUAGGCCAUUCGGCCCAUCAAGUCUACUCCGCCAUUCAAUCAUGGUUGAUCUAUCUCUGUCUCCUAACCCCAUUCUCCUGUUUUCUCCCCAUAACCUCUGACACCUCUACUAAUCAAUGUGCUAUAUACAUUUUAAUCAAUUGACUACUGAGCAUGUUACCUAAAUGUGUGGGAACAUUUUCUAAGUUAUGGUUGAUGUAAAAAGAAGAAAACAUAUUAUCAUGAAGAAUUCACCCCCGAGCAGGAGUUCAGGGGCAUGUUUCUGCGUGCAGAAGCUUGUGAGAGUUGGUAAUGGUGGAACCUCUGAAUCUGAGAGAAAACGCACCAGCAGAAUGCUGCCUCACAGAUCAGAGACCCGGGUUCAAUCCUGUCCUCGGGUGCUGCCUGUAUAGUCAGCACAGGUUUCUGUGGGAUUGCUUGGGUUUCGGCCACGUGCUUCGGUUUCCUCCCACGUCUCAAAGUAAUGUGGGCUUGUAGGUUAAUUUGGCCUUUGUAAUCAUCACCCCAAGUGUGUACGGAGUGGAUGUCGAAGUGGGAAGAAGUGUGAAUGGGUGAUCAAUGGACGGCAUUGUCUCAAUGGGCCGAAGGGCCUGCUUCCAAGCUGUAUCUUUCAAUCAAUCAAUCAAUCAAUCAAAUGAGUUGAAAUGAGCUUGCUGAAGCAAAAUCAUCUCCCCUAUAAUAGAAUAAGCUUAUCAUUCGAAAUCUAGAAAGUUUCUAAUAUAUAGCAAAGAUUUUAAAAUUAAAAUCCAGUAACUUCUCCCUUGCCUGAGGGAGAGCAACAUCUGCACAUUCCUAGAAACAUGAUUAGUCAGCAUUCAGCCUUGGAUUAGUAUCUUGAUUGGAGUAUUUAGGCCUCCCCCUCACCAGUAUCCACCUAUCACUUGCAAGGCUGUGUCCUGCCCCCCACCUCUUUUCCAGCUUACCUCUCCGCCCCCCAUCACAAUCAGUAUGAAGAAGGAUCCCAACCCAUCCAUGCUCUCCAGAGAUGCAGCCUGACCUGCUGAGUUACUCCAGUACUUUGUGUCUUUUCCAGUAAUAUAAACUCUGGCUCAGUUAGUGUAAUUUUCACAUCUGAAGCAGAAGGUUCUUGGUUCACAUCCCAGCUCAAGGACUUGAGUAUAACAUUUCAGGGUGACUUCAUUGUGAUAUUGAGCUGCUUUCACAGUGACUGCACUUCUUAGCUGGGUGUCAUUUGGAAUAUUCUGAAUGGAACAUAAAAGGCACUAAAUAAAGCAAGUUUUCAUUUCAGUUAUUACCUGCAAGGCGACAUAACAAAUGGUGCUAAACCACUAUGAUUCUCAUAUCUAAUGGUAAUGCAGAGUGAUCAACUUCCCAGAAUGAACCAAGUUACUGGUCAAGGUAAACACUAUCGUGAUGCAAUGAUUCAUUGUUCAUUGAAUUUAACUCCCGGAGAUCGAAGUGCAGCACAUGUCCAUUGUUGCUGGUAUAGUUGUGCUGACAUGUUGUGCUUCCUCAAUCAUUUUUGUGAAAUGUGAGUAUAUUGCCCAGAAAUUCAUCCCCAUUCAUCAGGAAUGUUACAUAUAAUGUAAAAUCAUAACAAUGUGUUGUACCAUGUCCCCAAAGGCGAGCAACACACUGACACCAUUGUCUAACAUAUUUAGCACAACCAAACGAGGAAUGAAUUUCCAAGCAUGUUUUAUUUGUGUGUGGCCAGUGUACAUUGUUCAUAUUGUUUCUCCGUAUGUACAGAAAGUGUUUUUCUUUUAACUUUGUAAUAAAUUCAAUAAAAUGUGGUUUUAUUUUGAUUACA